AUGCCAUUAAAAUUAAAAUGGGGUAAAAAAAGUGGUCGAUAUGAUCUAAGCCAAGAUAUUUACGUAUUAACUGUUUACCUUGGUGAUUAUGCAAUCCUUCAAUGUACACUAACAACCGAAAGUACCGCAAGUCAAUGCAUGGAAUAUCUUAGCCAAAAAGUUGAUCUUAAUCAGGUAGAAAUGUUUGGUUUACGAUAUCAAAUGAAAACAAACGAUCCAGAUAAUAGGAUGAUGCGUUGGGUGGAACUUGAUAAGCCAUUAAGACGACAACUGGAAAAAUGGGCUUGCAAACCGCGACAAGUACAAUUAGCUGUCCUCUAUCAUACACCAAAUGCAUUUACAUUAACUGAUCAAAUGGCUAGAUCGUACUAUUUUUUCCUGAUGAAAUUGGAUGUUGUUGAAGGUAAAUUAACGGUUGCACUCGAAAAAUAUAUUAAUCUUGCAGCUUACAGUCUUCAAGUAGAGUACGGUGAUUUUGAUCCAACAAUACAUACAAUUGAUUUUAUGCAAACUGUACCUCUUUUACCAAAGCAUAUUUGUCGAAGUGCACAAAUUCAGGAAGAUUUAUUAAAACGAGUAUCAGCGGUACAUGAACGAUUAAAAGGUAUGCAACCUAGUUAUGCUGCAUUAUUAUAUAUCGUUGAUGCACAACAAUGUGAAGGUUAUGGCGAAGAAUAUUUUAAUGGAAAGGAUGAAGAUAGUACAGAGGUAAAAAUUGGAUAUUCUCAGGAAGGUAUUAUUAUCAAAGGAUCAUAUGGUGCACCAUUAAAGCAUAAGUAA